CAAAAAAAAGAAAAAGAAAAACCUAACGCACGGAGGCUGAACGCACGCACGCACUCCGGCGCCGCCUCCCCGUUCCCGGCCUCCCCCCCGCGCUCAGUGGCCGUGCCCCUUGCAUCCUGGCCGUGCUGCACUGCUUCUGCGUUGCGCCGUGCGCCCCUGCUGGCUCCGGCCAGCCGGCCUUCCCCCGCGGCGGCGACGAGCAGAGCAGCCGACGAGGCGACGAAGGACUCUUCCGCUGCGCCCCGGGCCCGUGAUUCUGCCGCCGCUGGCUACUGCCGCCGCCGCGCCCUUAGUCUCGCUGUGCCGGCGACGAGCGGCGGAGCAGGAGGAGGCGCCCGGCGACUCGGAUGAGAUGAACUGCACUGGAAAUUUUCAGUCCGAUACUGCUAACUGACCAGGGAAAUGACUGGUCUGUGAACUUCGGCUCAAUAGAGUUGAGAGCCACUAGUGAGUAGAGAGUGUAUACUAUACAGUAGAGGACUAGUUAUUGUUGUGUGUGUUUGCAGAGUUUAUGAUUCAAAAUAUUACACAAGUACUAUCUGCCCUGCCCCAAAUUGUUUCUUUCUGACCAGAUAUCACAGAAAUAAACAAACAGUUUCAGUGAUUUCAUUUCAUUCAAACUAACUUCAGAUAAGCCAUCAAAGAAGUGGGCAAGCAUUUUUAGAAAAGAGAGCAAAUGCGCACAACUUAAGGGAAUAUGGGUCUCCUUUUGGCGAAAGCAUCAAUUCCCCCAGUAGUCUCUUAAUCAGUUCGGAUGCUACUGUACGUGAAGGAUGUUCGUUCUGAGCCAGAUUGAGCACAACCUGCCAAUGCCUCCACACUUGCUGAAUCGCCCUCUUGUCGACGCCAUCAAGGCCGAGCUCGAGAGGCUCUUCCUGGAUAAGGUGGUUGCAAAUCUCGGGCUCUGCGUAUCCGUCUAUGACAUCCUUUCCGUUGAAGGCGGAUUCAUCUUUCCAGGAGAGAGCUGCUCAACGUAUAAAGUUUUCUUUAGGUUAUUGAUGUUCAGGCCCUUUCUUGGGGUGGUUAUUGUUGGGAAAAUCAGUGGAUAUGAUGAGGAGGGUUUACAAGAAUUCAUAGUCGCUCCAGCAUGUCUCGUCCAAGAUGGUGUCGGGGCUUCUGUUGGGGUUCAUGUGCACUGUGCCGUACGAAGAAGUGUAAACAAGGCGGCGGAUGCCCAUGUCCGCCGCCGCGUUCACCACGUUUCUGGUUCCCUCCACGGCGACUGGCAUGAGUGUAAACAAGGCGGCGACUGCCCAUGUCCGGGGCCGGGCGUGACGACUACGGGCGUGCUCGAGAUCCCGCUUCAUCCUCCACCUGACGACACGCCUGGUCGAAUUCUGUCGCAUCAGAUCGGUGGGAUCCUCGACAGGCUGUGAGCCGCAUCUUCCACCAGGUAAUACAGGUUCAAUGGAUUCUUCGGAGACAGAGUGCCGUUCAGGAGCAUGGUUCGAGGCAGAUGGUUGCGAAAAUGGUGUGUCCCUCUGAUGACUUCGGCGGGUACAGCCGGAUCCGCGACCACAAAGGCACGGGGAUUAACCCCAAUUGACAUAUGGCGAGCGCCACCGGCGCUGGGGAGCUGGAGAGUAGCUUUGUCUUCUUGAGGAGAUGAAUUUUAUGUUUUCAGGGAUCUUUUUGCUUGUGUUCACAUGUAUUUCCCGGAGAUGAAUUUUAAGUUUUUAGGGAGCUGGAGAGUAGCUGGGUAAUUUUAAGUUUUUAGGGAUCUUUUUGCUCAUGUUCACAUGUAUUUGCCGGUUUGGUUAUGUAACUUCCAUUUUAUUUAAUGAAAUGAGAAUAUAGUUUCUGACAAUA